AUGGCGCACAUUCAGUGGUGCAAUCAGAAAAUGAAGGUCCAUCUUGCGGCCCAGCUCUUCAGUCGCAGUGUGGCUGAUGCCCUUGACUAUUAUGUGGACACACUGUCUGAGUUCAAGGAGGCAGCCAUCGCUUACAUCACAGGCUUUAUUGUUAAAAAAAUGAAGCAGAGGAUCACCUAUGGCUUCUGCAUGGUGGACUGGAAUUCAGCCAAUGACCUGAUACUAUCAAGUGGAGAAGACUCUAAAUAUAAAGUAUGGGACAGCUUUGGCCGUCUGCUUUAUUCCUCGUCAGCUCAUGACUAUCCAAUCACCUCUCUGUCCUGGGCACCAAAUGGAGAAGUGUUUGCUGUGGGCUCCUUCAAUUCCCUGUGGCUCUGCGAAAAGACUGGAUUGUGUUAUGGGAAGGAGAGACACAACAUGGGCAGUGUGAUCAAUUUGGCUUGGUCUGCAGACAGCACCCAGUUGGCUGGGGCUUGUGGUAAAGGGCAUGUCAUCCUUGGUCAUGUGGUGGAGCAGCACUGGGAGUGGAAGAACUGUGUGGUCACUCUUACCAGUAAGCACACCAUGCAGGUGAGGGAUGUGAUGAACAAUGCAGUGCAUGCAUUGGAGUUUAGAGAUCGAGUCAUCAAAGCCUCACUGGCAUAUGGUCACCUGGUUGUCGCCACAUCCCUCCAGUGCUAUGUUUACAAUUCAAGUAACUGGAAUACUCCCCUCAUCUUCGACUUGAAGGAGAGAAGAGUAAGGCUCAUCCUGCAAGCGGACAAACACUUUCUGCUUGUGGAUGGAGCAGGGUUGUAUGUGUUCUCCUAUGAUGGUCAACUGAUAUCUUCCCCUAAAAUCCCUGGUAUGAGAGCUGACAGCCUAAAUGCUCAGUGUAUCUCACUGAGUAAUGACACAAUUGCCAUCCGGGACCAGAGUGAUGAAAAAGUCAUCAUUCUUUUUGAUGCCCUGAACGGAAAAGCCCUUGGCAACAAGAAGCCGUUGACCCACAAGGUGGAGGUGGUGGAGAUCGCUCUGGACCAGUGUGGCCCAUCCACCAAGAGGAUGAUUGCCUUCAUAGACAAGCACCGUGACCUUUAUCUGACUUCCGUUUGUCAUACUGGACCAAAGCAAAAAAUCUGCAAAAUUGGCAGCAUGGUUCACAGUAUGGCAUGGAAUGAUAAUGCUAACAUCCUGUGUGGAAUCGAAGACAAUCAGUUCAAAGUGUGGUACUACCCCAGUGUUGUCUUCACCGACAAGGACCUGCUGCCAAAAACACUGUACACGAAAGACAGCAGUGAGUUCAGCCGAGGCCCCCGCAUUCUGAGCUAUGUUGGCACCAAGGUAACGUUACACCAAGCAGACGGUUCACUAACGUACAGUGCCGUACCUCCAUACCCAGCCUUGCUUCAAGAAUACAUCGCAUCUUCACGCUGGGAGGAUGCACUGCGCCUCUGUCGCUUUGCCAAGGACAAAUCCUUGUGGGCAUGUCUGGCUGGUAUGUCCGUGGAAAACAGGGAGCUAAACACAGCAGGCAUUGCCUUUGCUGCCAUUGGAGACUUACCAAGGGUGCGGUACCUUAAAUUCAUUAAGAACCAGCCAUCUAAGGAGUUAUCCAUGGCUCACUGGCUGUUGUUCAGUGGUCAUAUCCAGGAGGCUGAGACCACUCUGUUACAAGCUGGACUCAUCUCCGAGGCCAUACAAGUCAACAUAAACCUGUUCAACUGGGAGAGGGCCAUGAACUUGGCUCUCAAACAUAAGACCCAUGUGGACACUGUGAUGGCCUGUAGGGAGAAGUCUCUUCAGAAAUUUGGAGAGAAGGAGACAAAUGUGUUAUUCCUGCAGUAUGCUAAAAAGACUGAGAUAAACUGUAAGACAAUCCAGGCGAAGAAAAAGAUGGAGUUGUCCAAAGAAAGACAAACAGCUGCAAAUACCGCUGUUGGGAGUGUUGUGGCCACUCAACAUUAA